AAUAGUUGCCAAAUUUAGACUUAGGAGGGGUAUUUCUCGUAAAUAAAUCCUCAAAAUUGUGCCAUUUUAUCCUUUCUCGGACAACCUAUUUCGGAAAAAGGAUAAACAGUAACCCUAACUUUUUUACCCAAUGUCAAUCGUUUUUCUUCAACUUCCCGCUAAAUUCUUCUGUUCUCCUUAAUUGAAGUUCAGAAUUCCAUUUCUCCUCUUUUUUCUCUAUCCGUUGCUCCCAAUUUUAGCUCUAUCUGUUUUUGCUGUCAAUUUCUAGGGUUAGGGUUUUUAAAAUUUUCAAUGUAUUUUAAUCGCAAGAUCCGUCAAAUUACAUUGUGAAUUAAGCAAAUUCGAGUCCUGGUUUUCAUUUUUGUUGUUAACAUCUGUCUGAUUUUGUAGAUUCUUUUUUGGGGGUGAUUUUCGAUUUUCAUUGAUAAGAUGUAUUUCACAUAUAGAUCUGUUAGAUCUUGCUUUAUCAUUUUUAUGGGUUUUUAAUUUUAUUUAGCGGGUUGGUUGUAAAAUUAUAUAUUUCUUCACGCUUUUGAAGAUCUAGGGUUAGAUAGGGAUUUGGCUUUUAAUAAAUUCUUUUUGGGGGGUAAAUUCGGAUCUUGUUCCUCGAUUGCGUGUAAUAUUGAGCUCAACCUGUCGCAUUUUAGCGAUCUGCAAUUCCGUUUGAACAAAAGUUUUUAUUUUCUUUCCCCCAAGGUAAAAAAUUAUUAGUUUCUGGACAAUUCUAUUUGCGCGUAUUUUCUUUCAUUUAGUUUCCUAAUUUUACCAAAUUGCCCUUGAGCAAAAAAAAAAAUUUCGGCCUCGCAUUUCACUGGCCCCACUUUCCUACAUAGUACGAUAGUAGUAAUAAUAAUCAUGGAAUUCGGUGCAUGGUUUCUUCAAUUCAAGAUCGAUGUGUAUGUAACUUGAUUGCUGGCAAUAGAACAGAACCUCUUUUACAUAUUCGUUUUAUUUGGUGCUCUGACUUGACGUUCUCUUUCCCACCAACGGUUUUUAUAGCGCGUGUCUAUUAGGAAUUCUUUGCUUGCUUGUUUGUUCGAGUAUGUUUGAUCAAGGAUGUAAUUUAUUGUGAAGAUGCUUUAGAUUGGGUUUUAGACCCAGCAUGAGGCGUGACUGCUGUCCCUAUCUGAGCCUUUUGAUUUGGUUAGAAUUGGAUGAGGUUAUGCGUGCUUCAUUGCAAAUCAUAUGUUGUAAGCUGAACCUGUGAAAGUCAAACAUGGUACAGAAAAGACCUUUCUAUAAUGAGGAAUUGGACAGCAUAUCUUCCAAACACCAAAGACAAGUGGAAUACAAUAAUCAGCUUGUUUCAUUUCCAGAAUUUGUUCCUCUUAAGUUUGCUUCUUCAAUAAGUUAUACUCCAGAUUAUCUUAGUCCUGAGCAUCCGUUAAGGACAGGUACUCACCAUCAGGGUUUAUAUUCUUUACUUUUGCAUUAUCCUCCACAAGAAGCAGUUCCAAUUGGAUCAAAUUAUCAAGCUGAGAUUCCAGAAUGGAGUCCUCAUGAUAGCAAGAGUAAAUUAAAAUCCUCAGGUACACCUGGAGUGAUUCUGGAUGCCAACCUUGCUUCUGGGGAGAAAGAUGAGAAUAGACUAAUGGGUACUUGUGUCAUUCCAAUGCCUGAUUUCAAAUGUAUUGACGAGGUUGGAAAUGUCAAGAAUGAUUGCAGUUGCCUGGAUGAGGGUUCUAUCAGAUGUGUCAGACAACACAUUUUAAAAGCAAGGGAGAAAGUUAAGAGAGUCCUUGGGAUGGAGAGAUUUAAGGACUUGGGGUUCUGUGACAUGGGAGAGGCAGUUUCAGAGAAUUGGACUGAGGAGGAAGAACAAUUAUUCCAUGAGGUUGUAUUUUCAAAUCCCGUGUCACUGGGCAAGAACUUUUGGAGCCAUCUUUCUGCUGCUUUCCCUUUUCGAACCAAAAAAGAUAUUGUCUGCUACUAUUUCAAUGUCUUUAUGCUUCAAAGGCGAGCUGAACAGAACCGAUGCAAGUCUAUGAGCAUUUAUGACAGUGAUAAUGAUGAGUGGCAUGAGAGUGAUGAUUAUGAUGGCAGCAAAUGUGAAACGACGGAGGAAGACGAGGAAGACGAAGACUCUGUCGAGUCGUCUGCACAUAAAGAUAAUUUGGAUUAUAAUCAGAGCCAGAAACAUGAUAUAAGUGUGCUAGAUGAAGGUGCUGAAUAUUAUGCUUUUGAUGACUUGGAAAAUUUGGAUUUUGGUUCUGACAGGGACAUCCCCAACUUCUUAGAAACAUGUCCAAUGAUGUCAUUUGAUGAUUGCGGUUCCAAUCUGAAGUCUCAUCUCCUGGAGAAGCUUCCUUCUGAUGAGAUGCUUGAUGAAGAAGUUCAGGAUGUUUCGUGGACAUCCUCUAUUUCUUCACCAGGAAGCCGUGUGAAGGCUGACAGUGACGAUCUUUGGCCAUGUAGUUUUAAUGAAGUAAGCUGUGGAAGUGGCAAAACUCAUUUUUCAGAAUCUUGCGACGUUAAAAUUUGGGAUGCUGGUUACAUGAUAUGCCCUAAAAGUAAAGUCGACCUUUUACCUACUUGUAGUAUGAUUGAAGAGGUAUUUGGAGAUGGAUCAUGGAACUACAAAGGCAAGAGAUGCCGAGAGCCUGAGUUAAUGCUGCCAGUGGUUACCUUUAAAAAGUGAUUUAAAAGCACUCGCAAUCAAAGGCUUUGGCUCGAGUCCACUGACACAAUAAGCUUUUCCUUGUGGGAAGCACCAGAAGUGUCCCAUUUUCUGACCAAAAGAACGUGAGAGAAAUUUUCCUUUGUACAUUAAUAUGGUGGAACAUAAAAUGGAACCCUACCUUUCACUGUAAAAUAAUGUCUUUAGAAGAUUGGUUCGAGCUUAAGUUAAAUGUAUAGUUUGAACCGGUAUUUAGGACCUGCAAUUUCCCAGGAGCUUAAUACAGAAGUCACAGUUUAGGGGUCUCUCCCUUGAUAAAAUGUUUGUAAUUAAUAGCUAUCAUGUAAUAUUUUAAUAUUUAUCUUUGCAUUUAAUGGAGAGAUGAUAUUCUAGCAGCAA